CCACUGCCAUAGCCUUACUCUUCGUCACGGUCGUUCCUUUUUCUUUUUGUGGGAGGUAAUCUGCACGACUACGAAUUCCAACUUACCUUCCAACCCUUUCCUUUUUUUGUUGUUGUCAAGUAAUUGUCACCCACACUUUCAAGUCACUGAUCCAACACCUAAGUCGACGGCGCUUCACGGCGCAUGAUCUUGCUUCACGAUGAGUGAUUCAAGUGAUUCAAGUAGCUUCACGGCUAAAAAACGCGCCAAGCUUUCGAGGAAGAAGUCGCAACCAGAAUUCGUCCUAGUGAAAGACCCAUUCCCUAUCGACUUUCUCUGCUUCUUAUUGAUGAUUCCAUCUGAUGAUGAGACCGCCGAACCUCCCCAGAAACGUCGCCGGGUCGAGAACCCUGACGCAAUCCCUAUCGCUAAGGAUACAUUCUCCAUCGGGCGACCCAUUCAAUCCGAAAUACAUGUCUCAGAGCCGAUUGCGACGGUGAAUGCCCAUCACCAUCUCAAAGUAACUCAUAACAAGACAAAGCGUACCUUGACCGUCGCUUCGGUCCCACGAUCUCCCUAUGGCACCUUCAAAUCCGAGAUAAGUUUGGGCCAAACUAAAUUCUCCGAGAAUGUGACAGCAAUCCUAGAGGUCUUGGGUCGGAGCAAAGAUGAUGAAACACAAGAUGGGGCGCUCUGGGUAAGCGUCAUGGUUGAACUGGAGAGAAAUACUAAGAGCGAUGAGGUGCGAUUUUAUCUGGAGCUGAAUUGGAAUUCGUCUACGGACAUCCUGCGCUCCCAGCGUCCACUCAGUCGCAUGGUCAUCAACACAUUCUUUGGAGGUCCAAUUCAGGAAAUCUCCCGUGAGAAGCUAUCACCUUGGGCAUUCUAUGAUGCCGCAUUCAUCUCGGAGAAGAGUCACUCGGACCCCUUCUCUCUCACGCCCCCUAAAUUAACAUCAACAUUGUUUCCCUUCCAACGUAGGGCCUUACAAUGGCUUCUAAACAGAGAAGGCGUCGAGUGGAAGGAUGAAUGUGCCAAUGGAAAGCCUGGUCUAGAGCCAGUCUCUGAGCUGCCAACUUCAGACCUUCCAUUGUCGUUCAAGGAGGUGGAAGAUGCGAACGGACAACCUUUUUACAUGAGUGAUCUCUAUCACGUCGCGAAUAGAAACAUCGGACCUUUCCGCAAGAGCGAAGCCGCCAUAAGAGGUGGAAUCCUUGCCGAGGAGAUGGGUCUAGGGAAGACAGUCGAAGCUAUCUCCCUCAUCUGCACGCACACUCAUAAGAAUUCCCCAACCUCAUCCAACAUACUACCACACAAUGGCCUUGUCAGCGGUGCGACUCUGAUUGUCACUCCCUUAACAUUACGAAACCAAUGGAUUUCAGAGUUUGAAAAGCAUGCGCCACAUCUAAGUGUAAUGGUUUAUGAGGGCUUGAAAGGAUUCGACGAACGCCUGAUUUCAGUAUUAGCUGAGAAGGACGUUGUUAUCACGACCUACAAUGUCCUGCAAUCCGAGCUUUACUAUGCUGAAGUGGCACCUGACCGUUCUUUACGACAUGAGAAAAAAUACGUGCAUCCUAAGUCACCUUUGGCCCAAAUCUGCUGGUGGAGGGUAUGCCUAGAUGAGGCUCAACAAAUCGAGAGCGGCAUCAGCAACGCUGCCAAGGCUGCAAGAUUGAUACCUCGCAUCAAUUCUUGGGGCAUUACAGGAACUCCGGUUAAAGAAAACAUCAAGGACCUGUGGGGCUUGUUGGUUUUCCUUCACUACGAACCCUUUGCCUCCUCUACAGCCUUAUGGGAAGGGUUAAUCACUUCGCAUAAGCAUCUGUUUGGGCCUCUUUUCAAUCGGAUCGCUCUAAGACAUACGAAACGUGCCGUUCGUAGUGAGUUAACAUUGCCACGUCAGAACCGUUAUGUCAUAACCAUACCCUUCACUACGGUCGAGGAGCAGCGUUACAGAGAGCAGUUUUCGUCCGCAAUGUUUAAUAUCAAUCUCGACGCGACUGGGGAACGUCUGAGGAAGAAUUGGGGUGCUAUAGAUCCACGCUUGAUAAGAUCGAUGCAAUAUGCUCUUGCUAAUCUACGACAAGCAGCUUUGCAUCCCUCACUUGGACCCAUGCGUCAUUUUGGCGGUCGAGUAGCCCAGAAGAAAUCUCUACGAACUGUCGAUGAGGUACUGGAUGCCAUGAUUGAGCAGUCCGAUCUUAAUAUCAGGACUUCGCAACGAGAUUUCUUACUCAAAAAGCUAAAGGUAGGGCAGAUCCUGGAAGGCCAACAUAAGAUAAACGAGGCUAUUGAGAUCUGGAAAGAAGUUCUGGACGAAGUCGAGGUUUAUCAUGUAGCAGAGUCCCGGAAGCAACUUCAAGAGGAAUUAGGUAAAGCGAAACAGACGGAUGCCCAGAGUACUACGAGUCACCAAAACGACGAAGAUGUUGACGAUGAAGGCGCAACAGGACGAGUUGGCGAAUGUCGGCGCAGACUUCGAGCAGUCCUCGACAUCCUCCAUAGAGCCCUUUUCUUCAUUGCCAGCGGCUAUUACCAAUUAAAGGCCGACGAAGAGAAAGUUGUUCCCCAUUCAAAGGAAUAUGAAGAAUUAGAAUCAAAAGAGGUCGCUGGAUAUGAAGCAGCCAAGAGAGUCCGCCAGGAGAUUUUACAGGAGUCUCGCGCCAAAGUCAUGUCUUUCAUAGCCAAGAUUCGAGACAAGGCAAAUUCGCAAUCGUUUGCUGAAAUUCCCGAAAUCAAGUGGCCCGAUUACCAUGGCCUGGAAAGCCUAAGAUUUCUGAAUAGGUACACCAUGCUCGCUGAUACUCUUAAUCUACAAGCAAAUGUGGUUGAUGAAUGGCGGGAAGCCAUCAUCCAGAUGUUGAUUCGACCGCUCGUGGACCAGGAGGAUGAAGCAGAGGUAACGGGUGAGGAAUACGAAGACUCGACGAAGCUUCAGGACGAAUUGAUGGUCUACACGUUAGUUUUGAGGGCUGCCAUUGCGGACCGACAAGAUGCUGUCUCAGGUCUACAAAAUGAGCGUGUCAAAUACGACACUCGUUUCGCGGAGAGACAAGCGAAGGACGGGCAAGGCCAUGCUCCUGAGAAAGUUCUGGAGUUACUCAGGCGACGCGAGGAUCAUAAGCCAGAUCGUGAAUGGGGCUCGUUCCGAGGUAUCAUUACAAGCCUAAGGGAAUUGGUGACAAAACUCCGUCACGAUGCCGACAGCGGGAAGAAUCGCGCAAGGAUUGAGUUAGAGAUUGCCGAAAGCCAGCUUCGCCUCGUACAGAAUCACAGUACUGCGCAGAGUAAGUCCGUGGCGGCGUUGGAGUCGGAACUCAAUACAUUCGUCGCUGCGACAAACGCCCGCGUGGAAUAUUAUAAACAGCUUCAAGGAGUCUCUGAUACGGUUGCUGCGCUCGAUCAGGACAAAGUCGGCAUGUUUGAAUUGGUGCACGCGCGGGGAGAACUGGCCAGGCUGAAGGACCAGAUCGAUGCGGUGCUACCUAAGCAUCGUUAUCUCCUUAAUCUCAAAGAAGAGGGCCAGAGCGCAGAGGAAGUCUGCGUCAUCUGUCAAUGCCCCUUCGCCCUAGGAGUCCUGACACCUUGCGGUCAUCAGUUCUGCAAAGAGUGCAUUCUGCAUUGGUUUAGAACAAAACGCAGCUGUCCCGUAUGUAAGACGUUUCUCGUGGUCGGGAUGCUUCACGAUAUCACCCUGAAGAAACCGGAGUCGAGAAUUCGCCAGGAGCUCUCAGGGGGCUCGCAAGAGCAACCAGGCGCCACGGGCUCGCUUUCCAAAUUAAGGAAACUUGGUAUAUAUUCCGAAUUUGGCAACGAGAAACUGGAAGCUGUGAAGAGUAUCCAACUCCCAAGCUCACGGAAUUCCACGAAGAUUAACAUUCUUGCAAAACAUUUGAUAUGGUUGCGAGUGGAAGACCCAGGAGCCAAGUCUGUGAUCUUUUCACAAUUCCCAGCUUUUCUUGAUAUACUAGCCGGAGCCCUCGAGCAAAACGGGAUCGGGCACACAUCCUUUAAGACGAGGAACGGCAUCAAGAAAUUCAAGGAAGAUCCCGCUAUUGAAUGUUUUCUCAUGGAUGCCAGAGCGCAUGCCAGCGGAUUAAACCUUGUCAACGCAAGCCAUGUAUUCCUCUGCGAACCACUCAUUAACACGGCUCUAGAACUACAGGCAAUCGCUCGAGUGGAUCGGAUCGGUCAGGAGCACGACACCACCGUGUGGUUGUAUCUGAUAGACGGCACAGUGGAGGAGUCAAUCUACAACUUAUCUGUCCAGCGGCGGCUCGAACAUAUGGGCAGCAAUGGCACGAAGGAAAAGUUGAAUAAAGAGUUAUCGUACCUCAGCCUCGAAGCGGCGAACUCGCACGAGCUUGAGAAAGCAACGCUAUCGAAGCUCAUGAAUAAGGACCAGAGCCUCGGCGAGGUCGUCCCUGCCGGCGACAUUUGGCAGUGCCUGUUCGGCGACAGAGCCGACUACGAAGAAGGAGAGGCCGAUGCGGACGACGCGAGAAGGAACAACCCCGCCGUAAUGGGGUUCCUCGCAGGGGAGGCCGCAGAGGCGAGGCGUGCUGGGUCGGAAAUGGAGUAAAACCCAUCCGCUGUGUGGCGUGUGUAUAUGAUGGAACGGCCGCCCGGGACAGACGCUGGAUAAUUGUACAUGUACGAAUACGCUUCCAGGAAUAGUCACCGGGUGGACUUGUUACCCUUUACGUUAUGAUUUGGACGAGACUACUCAAGACGUGGUGUUAGGGAGUUCCUAGGAGAGAUACCACAGCCUUUUGCUACUUUGCUGGUUUGCUAGGUCUAGGCAAACUUUUGUAGGACUGAUGAAUUUCAGAGAAUGACAAUAUGAGAGGACCGGUUUCCCUUUUCUAAUGCGAUUGUGAUGUGAUUACGCUAUGUAUCAGCUCUGCCUUGGAUAGGUAGGUACUUACCUAGGUACGUGACAGGACUCUUUCACACUAUGACCUAUCUGCCUUGAUCCGUACGAGCUAAGCGUCGAUACAGCUCGGUAUGAG